UUUCUGAAAGGGAAAUCAAAAUCCAAGGAUAAAUAUUUACACAGAAGUAGUGAUUGAGAAUGUCUGGCAGAAGGCGAGCAUGGCUUGACACAACCACGUCCCUUCUCGGUCAACAACCUCCCUCACCUCCCUAUAUCCCUCGCAGUCCUCGCCUUCACUCUGUUUUCCUCGAGAUGUCCUCUUCCCCUCCCGCUAACCCUACUCGCUGCGUCUUCCUCGGUGUUGACGUCGGCACCGGCAGCGCCCGCGCAGGUCUCUUUGAUGAGAAUGGGAAGCUUCUUGGUUCGUCUAGCAGUCCAAUACAGAUAUGGAAAGAUGGUGCCCAUGUUGAGCAAUCUUCUACGGAUAUAUGGCAUGCAAUUUGUGCAGCUGUAAAAACGGCCUGCUCUUCAGCAGAAGUUGCAUCCGAAGAAGUAAAGGGUCUGGGAUUUGCAGCUACUUGUUCUCUUGUUGCGAUAGAUGCUGAUGGCUCUCCUGUUUCGGUCUCUUGGAGCGGUGAUUCAAGAAGAAAUGUGAUUGUAUGGAUGGAUCAUAGAGCAGUAGAGCAAGCUGAGAGGAUCAAUUCCAGUAACUCGCCUGUAUUACAGUACUGUGGUGGCGCUCUUUCACCGGAAAUGGAGCCUCCAAAGCUAUUAUGGGUCAAAGAAACUUUGCCAGAAUCUUGGUCUAUGGUUUUCAGGUGGAUGGACUUGAGCGAUUGGUUGUCAUACAGGGCAACUGGAGAUGAUACUCGUAGCCUGUGCACCACGGUUUGUAAGUGGACAUAUCUUGGUCAUGCACACAUGCAUCAAAUAAAUGAUAAAGACUCUCGAGAUAUGGAAGCUUGUGGAUGGGAUGAUGAAUUCUGGGAAGAGAUAGGGCUGGGUGAUCUUGUUGAAGGACAUCAUGCUAAAAUAGGACGAAGUGUUGCUUUUCCUGGCCAUGCUUUGGGUAGUGGCCUUACCCCUACCGCAGCGAAGGAAUUGGGUCUAGUAGCAGGAAUUCCUGUUGGGACAUCACUAAUCGAUGCUCAUGCUGGUGGUGUUGGGGUAAUGGAAAGUGUGCCCCUGUCAGAUUCUGAAGCUAAAGGACAUGAUAAGGAAGAAAUCUGCAACCGCAUGGUGUUAGUUUGUGGAACUUCUACUUGUCAUAUGGCUGUAUCACAGAGCAAGCUGUUCAUUCCUGGGGUUUGGGGACCAUUUUGGUCAGCGAUGGUACCAGAAUAUUGGCUCACGGAAGGUGGUCAGAGUGCUACUGGUGCAUUAUUGGAUCAUAUAAUCGAAAACCAUGCUGCCUCUCCUCGCCUUGCUAAUCAAGCUGCUUCUCAAAAGGCUUCUGUCUUUGAACUCCUGAACAAGAUCUUGGAGAAGUUGAUGUCUGAGCAGAACCAUCCCUUUGUUGCUGCGUUGACUGAAGAUAUACACGUUCUUCCUGACUUCCAUGGGAACAGGUCUCCCAUUGCAGAUCCAAAAUCAAAAGGAGUUGUAUGUGGUUUGACACUUGACACGAGUGAGAAACAGUUGGCCCUUUUAUACUUGGCAACUGUACAGGGAAUUGCGUAUGGUACACGUCAUAUUGUUGAGCAUUGCAAUGCCCAUGGCCACAAAAUCAAGACCCUACUUGCAUGUGGUGGCCUUUCAAAGAAUCCUUUGUUCAUUCAGGAACAUGCUGAUAUUAUUGGCUGCCCAAUAAUUCUUCCAAGGGAAAGUGAAUCUGUGCUCUUGGGAGCUGCUAUUUUGGGUGCUGUGGCUUCGAAGAAAUUUUCUAGCCUUAAUGAGGCCAUGAAAGCCCUGAAUGCAGCUGGUCAGGUCAUUCGUCCAUCUGAAGACCCUAAGGUGAAGAAAUACCACGACACCAAGUACAAAAUUUUCCGUAGCCUUUAUGAACAGCAGCUCUCGUAUCGUUCCCUGAUGGCUCAAGCCAUGGCAUGAUUUCUCCACCUGCAUGAGCUCAAACUGGGGUUGCUUUGACGUUAUUUCUUGGUUUGAGGGUGAAAACUAGUUGGUGUUAUUGGGGAAGUGUGAGCUAAAAAUUAAUUGGUAUGCAAUGAAAUCGAUUUCUCAAGGCCAUGGAUUUCAGAUGCCGAUUGGACACUUCAAGAAGUACAUGGAACAUACAGGGUGAAAAAUCAUCAAUUUGAGUCGGAAAGCUUUUAUGUAUGGCCUCAUGUGGCUUUUCCCCCCAUGAAUGUAUAGAAGAAAGAGUUUUGAGUUUCGCUUAUGGAUUCUCUGUUAUAAUGUGGAUGAAGUACAUGAUUGGACAAGACUCCUGUAUUUUAUCUAUAUAAUGCGGUACAGAGAAUAGGAAUGCAAAGAACACCCAACAAAGGGUCACAAAUUGUGUGGGUGUGUGUGUGUAAUUAAAGGUUGGCAAAAAAAAUUUUGUAAUUAAAGGGAUAUGGUCUAACGGUAUGAGAUUAUAAAUUGAAUCGAACUCGUGACUUCUCAUUUAUUGAAGAGCUUUCA